UCGCCUUGAUUGAUUGCGGGGUGGUGGUGGUGGCGGUGUGGAGCGCGGAUUGCCCGCGGCAGGGCGCGGUCGCCAUGUCUCAGACGCCUUUUAAAUGAGACUCGCUUAGCUAAUUGGGCUGGCGGCCCGCUCGUUCACGCAGCUGGCCGACCAGCAGUUUUAUUAAUGAGCGUAUUCUAAUUAACGGUGCAGGAAGCGGAGAGGGAAGGAAGAGGAGAGGAAGAAGGAGGAAGCGCUGCGACUGCUGGGGGCGGGGGGGGGUGGCGGCCUUCGCCGGGUCCCGGCACGGCACGCCCCUCCAGCAGCGUGGGGCGCCGAUGAUAGCUGCGCUGAGCAGUGGAUAGAGCGUGUGUGAGAAGAGAGUCGGCGUACUGUGUGGUGUACACGACUCGGCAUGCACCCCGCGCACGUUCAUGCGGCAACCGCAGCGCUGAUGAGACACGCGGGCCCGAUGGUGGACACGGCCAGAGUGCUGCUGCACUCACAGGGAGCAUGCUGGACAGACAUACACGGGCUGGGAGCAGGAGACGGACAUUGUCAAGUGCCUUGGGUGUGCGAGGUGUUGGGGAUGUUCGGCACGAUGGCCUCUGAGAACUGCAGCACACGCGACUACGCCAUGCUGGACUCGCACCAGCUCUUCUUCUACUCAGAGGAGGAGCUCGAGGAUGGAAGCUUCUACCAGUCCACUGCUCCCAGCGAGGACAUCUGGAAGAAGUUCGAGCUGCUGCCGACUCCUCCGCUGUCGCCGGGACGCCUCGAACUCGACUGCCUUCUCUCGCGCGACGGCUGGGACCCGGGGCCCGAAAUCUUCUUGCCGAGCGCCAAGACCCUUGACCUGCUCGUGUCGGGCCUCCUGACAGAUCGGGCCGUGAGCGAGAGCUUCUUCUGCGACGCCCUGGAGGAGGAGGAGACCGUCAUCAAGCAGGACUGCAUGUGGAGCGGCUUCAACGCUCACGAGAAGCUCGAGAAGAUGAUGGGCCAGCGCAUGGGCCAGCGCGUGGCUCUUCUGCGGGGGGGCUACGUGGCGCCACCGUCUCCAGGCGAUAGCCCGGGGGGGCAGUCGAGGAGGAUGAGCGAGAGCAGCAGUAGCAGCAGCAGUAGCAGCAGCAGCAGCGGUUCGGAUAGCGACUCCGAGCUGGACUACGGCUCCACGGAAGACAGGGGCACGCACGGCCUGGACCUGCAGCCCAGAUUCUCCCCGCGAACCGCGGGACUCGAGACGCCCAGCGAUUCCGAAGAAGAGGAGAUCGACGUGGUGACAGUGGAGAAGAGGCCGGCGGUGACGCCGGGCGACGCUGGUGCCAUCUCCGCGAGCAGCAACACCAACACGGCAGGCGUGCGCCUGCAGUCCGAACCAUGCGACCACGCGCUCAAGCGCUGCCAUUUCCCCAUCCACCAGCAGCACAACUAUGCCGCGCCCUCCCCUCCCAGCCCGCCGCCCACCAAGCGCUGGAGGACCGAGGCCGCCGCGACGGCGGUGGCCGUGCGCAGUGCGGCGCGCGGCGAGCCGGCGCGGCUCCCCGCAUUCACCCGGUACGGUAGUGCUGGCAACGGCGGCAGCGGCAAUGGCGGGGCGGAGGGGCGGCUGACUAGCAGCGGAAACAGCACGAGCAGCUCCGAUUCGGAGGAGAGUGAGCGGCGGCGCACGCACAACAUCCUGGAGAGGCAGAGGCGCGACGGGUUGCGCUCGAGCUUCCUCGGGCUGCGUGACGUCAUCCCGGAGCUGUGUAGGAACGACAAGGCGGCCAAGGUGAUGAUUUUGCGCAAGGCCGGCGAGUACGCCAAACGGCUCGUGGCCGAGGAGCACCGGCUGCUGUUGGAGAAGCGACAGGCGGAGGCGAGGCAGCACCAGCUGCUUAGAAAGAUCGAAUCGCUCAAGCGCUAAAUCCCGUCCGUCCGUUCGCCACCGCUACCGAAACAUUAUUUGCUCUCUGGGGAAGCAUGGGAAGCGCUGGCUGCCGCACCGGCUACCGCCCUGCCUGCCGCACCGGCUGCCGGUCGAGAGCAUGCGCUCGCGCCGCCAUCCUCCAGUGUGGAAUUGCACGUUGUGGGCCACAGAGAAUCGCGCCAUUCCACCAUCUUCAUCGUGAAUCCCCGCACCAUCUCCGUACAGUUUCUGGCUCUUAACAUAAAUGCAAUGCCCCCCCCACCCCACUUGUACAUUUUCCCGCUGCGCUGCAGCAGACUGGACAGUUUUUUUUCCUGUGUACGCGGUCGCUUCAGGUGUCUAUCAGGACUCUAGUUGGUCACAGCUGGCAGCUCAGAGCCAGCCCUGAAAGUCCGGGUGUGACGUCGGGGUAAGUCCGGUGCCAGUGCGGGUCUUGCCGCUUGCACAGGGGGUAUGCGGCACCCCCCUCCUCCCCUCCACCCACCCACCUCUCUACCCCUCCACCCACCUACCCAUGCCGUGGACCACUAUGCGGGUCGUCGUCAAGGCCGCCCUGGCUCGGGAAAGAGAGCGCCAACGCCAAUCGGCAGAGGAAGAGACUUAACUCCUGCACAACUGCUGACACUUUAUUUCUCAAAUUUGCAUAACAGAAUUAACUGAUGAUGGCCGUGUUACGUGCUGAGCAAAUAUAUAAUGAUGACGACGAUGACUCUCUACCAGAAUAUAGCCAUUGUGUGUAAAACUUGGGGCUUGACAUUUCAAAGUAAACAAUUGUUGCCUUUUUUUGGAUGGAUUGAAUAUUGCAUAAUUUUAAAUAUUUAAUUACUUUAAAUAUUUAAAGCUAUUUGUGUUUUAUUGUCGUUCUAGUUGAAUGUGUCACUGCCUGGUUCUAACAAUGAGUACUUUUUUAAAGAUUAAUGAAAUACCAUUUCGCGUUAAAAUUUUUCCUGUUUCACAAUUCAGGGUUUUAAGAUUAUUUUUCAUAUUUUAUACGAAAAAUGCUUAAAAAUGCAACUGCAUCUGGAUGUGGUUUGUUUUGUGUGUUUUUUAGAUCGUUGCGUUUGUCUGGUUGGAAGUUAAUUUUUUCUAAUUAAUUUGCUCUUGCUGUUCUUGACAGUCGAUUCUUUUUUCAUGAGCACUUUAUUUUAUUUCCCAUAGAACAAAAUAAAAGUGGCUUGAGUUCGGAA